AAAAAAAAAAAAAAACGAAACAGAAAAAUCUUUAUCAAACUGUAUUUGUGUGGCUUUGGCUCAGCUUUCUCUCUCUCUAAAUUAUCUCUUCGCCCUCUUCUUUGGUUUCAAUCCCUCUCAUACAUACUUGUCCAAAACCCAACGUUUCGGUUGCCACACGAAACGCCCUUUAUUUGCUGAUUUCUUCUAAGCUCAGCUCUUGAAGCUCUAAUAAGCAAUGACCUUUUGAUGGUUUUGACUUGGUGACAAUUUCAUUGGAAGAGCUUUUGCCUUUCUGGGGUGUGUGUUUUGUGGGCUUUGUUUAAUGCUGAGCUUGAUUCAAUGAGAUUGCUCUGGCCCUUUAUAAAUGGCCUCUGCUUCUUCCAUGUCAGUUUCAGUAGAAUGCGUAAACUUGUGUAAGUUUUCAAAGUGGGAUGGGAGUGGAAGAUAUGAUUGUAGCUUUCUAUCGUGUGCGUGGAAAGCGCCGAGGGUCUUGACCGGGUUCCUUGCAAGUACAGCUCAUCCACCUCAGUGUUCCUUGUUGUCUCACUGUCGAAAUGGAAGAAGAAGCCGGAAUAAUUCUAGAUGUGAAGUCUGUGAUACUAGAGGUUGUUAUUCUAGUGAAGCUUCGGAAUUUGUUCUUCUUCGAAAACUCAUAAAACCAAGCAUGCUUCAUGCUGCUUGUAAAAGGUGGCGCAUGUGUUGUUCUUCACCCCACUCUUCAGAUGUGUUCAGUGAGUUUUCUCCAGAAAGGUUGUGGGAGGAUCUUAAACCUAGUAUUUCAUACCUUUCACCUAAAGAACUAGAAUUGGUCCAUAAAGCUCUUAAGCUGGCUUUUGAGGCUCAUGAUGGCCAAAAAAGACGCAGUGGAGAGCCCUUCAUCAUUCAUCCCGUUGAAGUUGCUCGUAUACUAGGAGAACUUGAAUUGGAUUGGGAGUCUGUUGCUGCUGGAUUAUUGCAUGACACAGUUGAGGAUACAAAUGUUGUUACUUUUGAAAGGAUAGAGGAGGAGUUUGGUACUACUGUGCGUCGCAUUGUAGAAGGAGAGACUAAGGUAUCUAAAUUGGGAAAACUGAAGUACAAGAAUGAAAGUGAUUCCGUACAAGAUGUAAAAGCUGAUGACCUGCAUCAGAUGUUUCUUGCCAUGACAGAGGAGGUCCGUGUUAUCAUUGUCAAACUAGCUGACAGAUUACAUAACAUGCGAACUCUUUCUCACAUGCCCCCACGUAAGCAGUCCAGCAUAGCAGUGGAAACUUUGCAGGUCUUUGCUCCUCUAGCGAAGUUGCUUGGGAUGUACCAAAUCAAGUCAGAACUUGAAAAUCUAUCCUUCAUGUACACAAAUGCUGAAGAUUAUGCUAAAGUUAAGAGAAGAGUUGCAGAACUCUAUAAAGAUCACGAGAAAGAACUUGUGGAGUCAGGGGCUUUCAGGUGUUCUUGUCUUGAAGGGAUUUACUUAUCAAGCCUUCUCUCUUUGAAUCAGGCCAACAAAAUUUUGAUGGAGAAGAUUGAGAAUGAUCAGUUCUUAAACCUUAUGACCGUGAAAACUGAAGUUCGCUCUGUGUGUAAGGAGCCAUACAGUAUCUAUAGAGCUGUCCUCAAAUCUAAAGGCUCUAUCAAUGAGAUUAAUCAAAUUGCACAGCUUCGUAUUAUCAUAAAACCAAAGUCGUGUGUUGGAGUUGGGCCUUUAUGCAGUCCACAGCAGAUUUGCUACCAUGUUCUUGGGUUGGUCCAUGGAGUCUGGACCCCUAUUCCUCGAGCUGUCAAAGACUAUAUAGCAACCCCAAAGCCUAAUGGCUAUCAAAGUCUCCACACAACAGUGAUUCCUUUUCUGUAUGAGAGCAUGUUUAGGAUAGAAGUUCAGAUAAGAACUGAAGAGAUGAACCUUAUAGCUGAAAGAGGCAUUGCUGCUCAUUAUAGUGGGAGAGUAUUUGUUAAUGGUUUAGUUGGACGUGCGAUGCCUAAUGGCAGAAGCUCUAGAGGAAAGACUGUCUCUCUUUCCAAUGCAAACAUUGCUCUCAGGAUUGGCUGGCUCAAUGCAAUCAGAGAAUGGCAAGAGGAGUUUGUGGGCAACAUGAGCUCUAGGGAAUUUGUUGACACUAUCACUAGAGAUCUGUUAGGUAGCCGUGUCUUUGUGUUUACACCAAGGGGAGAGAUUAAAAACCUACCUAAGGGGGCAACUGUUAUUGACUAUGCAUAUAUGAUACACACUGAUAUUGGCAACAAGAUGGUGGCUGCAAAGGUCAAUGGUAAUCUUGUUUCUCCUACGCAUGUGCUUGCAAAUGCGGAAGUUGUGGAGAUAAUCACAUAUGAUGCACUCUCGAGCAAAUCAGCUUUCCAGAGGCAUAAGCAAUGGUUGCAGCAUGCUAAGACACGUAGUGCCAGACACAAAAUUAUGAAAUUUUUAAGGGAGCAAGCUGCACUAUCUGCUGCUGAGAUAACAGCAGAUACUGUAAUUGAUUUCAUUGCUGAUUCUGAAGAGGAGAGUGAAGCAGAAGAGCUCCCAGAUCCUUCCAAGGCAAGCAAACCAAUGUGGGAGAAAAUCCUUAUGAAUGUUGUGGGAGUGUCAUCCCCAGAGGGAAAAAAUGGAAGUAUUUGGGUCCCCAAGGUCAAUGGAAAACAUAGUAAGCAUGUGCAGCAUGCAAGUUUGAAGGUUAAAGGGGAGUUAUUCUCAGAGGUAAAUGGUGUUGCCAAGAUAAUACAAGCAAACAUUCCAAUGUACAAAGAAGUCUUGCCUGGUUUGGAAAGUUGGCAAGCCAGCAAGAUUGCCUCUUGGCACAAUCAUGAAGGGCACUCAAUCCAAUGGUUUUGUGUGGUGUGCAUAGAUCGAAGAGGCAUGCUGGCCGAGGUCACAACAGUAUUGUCAGUUGCAGGCAUUACUAUAUGUUCUUGUGUGGCUGAGAUUGAUGGAGGAAGGGGAAUGGCUGUCAUGUUAUAUCAUGUUGAAGGAAACCUGGAAUGUUUGGUAAAUGCUUGCUCAAGCAUAGAUCUAAUUCUUGGUGUUUUGGGAUGGUCUACGGGUUGCAGCUGGCCAAGCUCAAUAGAAACCAGCCAAUUUCUCGAGUGCUAAAUGAUAAGUGAUGCAAACAAGCCCGGUUCACCCAGCUAUACAGGCCUGGGUACGAAGUUUUGUCCUCAGAAAGUUCUGAUUCAGGGGUAUUACAUCCUAGAUUUUGGGUAUUUAAUUCCUUAGUUCUCAUCUAUUUGUUCGACACAUGUUACCAAAUAAACCAGCAGCAGCCAAAGAGCUUAGUCUGUGGAUUGAGGGCACUGUAUAUAGAAACAAGAGUGAUAGGUUAAGAAAUUAUACACUUUGUAAAGAUAAUUGAGAGGACAGGACAGUAAAACAAUUAUAGGAAAGAUCUGUAGGAAUAUCUUGCUAUAUAAAUUCUUUCUCCUUGAUCUA